GUGGCCACGGAUGCGAACGGCGGGACGACUUUGAAUCCUCUCCGCAUCAUCCUGCGCGGCUUCAACGGGGUGCCAGCAGGGGGACGCCUUUGGGUGCAGGCGCCGCAGUCCUUCCGCUGGCUAGGAGGCGAAGACCGCUCCUGCGACGGGAAGCUGCGAAAGAAGCCUUCCCAGCUCUCGGAAGAGGCUUUGGCAGCUGUGGCCGUCGGAUCUCUGGGCACCUCCUUCUGGAAGCUGCUGCCUGCGAAGUGCUACCUCCACGAGGCUCAGGACGGUUUGCUCUUGCUGCAGCUUCCGGAGGGGGGAGAGGACAUCGAGCCGCUCACGGAGUACAGCGUGGAAGCCACCAUUCUGAACCCUGUGGCCGAGAUCGCCGCACCCGAAGCUUUCCAGAUCGCUUCGGCCCAGCCAGUGACCGCGGAACAGCUCAACGCGGACACUGGUGUGCUCCCCCUCCCCGGCUUGGAGGAUUUGCUGCUCCUCGACAUGGUUGAGACAGCAAGCUUCCCCAUCACAAAAGGCCUGGCAUUGCUCAGCGUCACAACGGCGGAGGUCCUGGCGCCAGGUGACGAGGCGUCUGCGAUCUCCGUGACCUUCUCGCUG